AUGAUGCCGACGGAAAUGCCUAGUUACUACUCGCCUAAGCGCAAGCGAGAGCCCUCCGAGAGGCUCGACUACGCGAGGAUUCCGAGCUGGGGCGACAAAGUCCUCGCGCCGCAGUGGCGGGGCGAUUCGGGAAACUGGCGAUUCGGGGGGGAGCGUCUGUUGGGCCAAGUGUCACCAGGCAAUCCAAACCAAGAGAAAGAAGAACAGAAUAAGCUGUUAGCUGAGGAGCUAUGCGUUGUGAGGUGUCAAAACCAGUCGAAGACUAUGCUUGAAGCCUUGCCACCCAGCAGCGACGAAUCCAACCAUAUACAAGACGACCAACAGCUUCCAGUAACUAUAUCAGAUACAGAGGACAAGCUGCCAGCUACACCCACAAAGUCACCUUCAAAGAAAAAACCUACGCCAUCACCCAGCAAGCAGCAAGAGCAUGGUUCGCCUUCAAAUUCUCGCAAACAACGAUUCUCCCCUCCACUUACAGAGACCAACUUGGAAGACCCGUUCACAUGGCAUGAUGAUGAAAUCACUGGGCACGACCCGUCAGAUCCGACUGACGAUGGUUACGGAAUCAACGGAGUUGGAUUUAAACCAACAGCAGCUAUGGCUUGGGCGCGUUCCCAAAAGCGACAAAGGCAGGUUUCUGAAUGGAAAACCCGUGAAGCUCGGGAUGCACGCGAAAAGCGACGAGAAAGGAGGAAUGACGACAUGAAUCUCGACACAAUUCGGAGCAUACACAAAGGCGCCAUUCAAAAACGAGUCAAAUUUGACGUAUGA